GUUUAGUUUCUCGCCAUCUUGCAAAGAGAAAACAGUGAACGCUGUGGGCUGAAGAUUAAUUAAUUUUAAGUAAAACUUUCAGAGGAGUUGUGAGAACAAGACAUUUCGACGGAUAUUUUGCUUAAUACAAAGCCGAUUCACGCGAUUUCACAGCAUCUGCCAUCGGAUUACAUCUGGAUUGCAUAAAGAGUUCAUGGAUACAGACAAGAGGUUCACCCCUUUCUUUUCAUUGGAUUUUAAAGGACUGAUAAUCGAUUUAACAGUUUUUUUCACCUUUUCCGUUUUAUUUUAAUUUUCAUAUACAGGACUGAUUGUAAAUUGUAUUGCAUACUCUGUAUUGAGUUUUGAAGUAUAUGCAGAAUAAGCGGUUACAUUGGUUUUUCUAUCCCAUACAUGUUGUGUGUUUUGCUUUUGUGCAGAGCCACAUUUAUGCACUGAGCCCAUUCAUCCUGACAAUUAUCUAUUAUUUUUUAUUCACACGGGACAUUACAUUAAGUAAAACUAGACGUUUUUAUAUCACGCUAAUAUUGGGUAAACUAUUCAAAACUUAUUUUUUAAUUUAUAAGUAUUUUAUUAUUGGUGUACGCAUGACCUUUUUGUCAAGAUGUUUGAAAAUGGUUGGGGUGACAUGUUGGGUACUUGAACACGGUGCGUUAUUGGCCACCAUAAUUCACACCUUUGUGUAACCCCACCCACUUUUCCACACCUAUAGCCUAGGCCUGCUUAAGACCCUGUCACACCAGAUGACUUUCCCUCAGAUUUUCGGUCUGAAGCUUUUGUUUACAUAAUCGCUGGACUUUCUGGACUUCUGCAUGCUACACAUUUUUCUACAAGAAGUAUGGAGUCCAAUCGAAAGUACCACUGGACGAUACAAAAGGAGGAAAAGCUCAUUGCUCUUUGGAGCCAACAUGACUGUUUGUAUGACAGAACCAGCAUGUCAUUUCACGACAAACUCAUAAGAGAUAAGAAAUGGAUGGAGAUUGCUGACGAACUAAAUAUACCCGUUAAAGAUGUUAAACAAAGGGCUGGAUCAAUAAGGACACAAUACUCCAGGAUUCUGAAGCCACAUGCAAAUAGCAGCUGUGGCAAACCUUUAACAUCAAAACAACUCUGGCUCCUGGACAAAUUGGAGUUCUUGAGGAGACAUUACGUCCCGCGGAUCAAUGAAAGUAGUUUGAAUCUUGCUGCAGAACAGCCGGGUGUCAAACAGGAGCCAGUUGAUGUUGUUGUUGUAGGCCAGGCAUUCACUGAUGAAGACGGAAGUUUUUCAGACAUGUCUGCAAACACUCUGGACUCUGAGAGUGUACAGAUUGCUCCAGAGCAGCCGGAUGUCAAGCCAGGGCAAGUUGAUGUUGUUUUGGACCAGGAGUUUGCUGAUGAAGACGCAAGUUUUUCAGACAUGUCGGAAAACACUGUGGACUCUGUGAGUGUACCACAGCAGUCGACACCCAAGCCACCUCAGGGCAAAAAGAGAAAGGGUUCUGACAGCGAUACUGAAGUGGAAGCGAUCAAUUUGCUUAGAAAGAUGUCAGCCACUGUAAUGACUGGCUUGAACCAAGCAAAUGAUUCUGAGGCCAUUUUUGGCCAGCAGAUUGCAUCCGACCUGCGUGAAAUUCAAAAUCCAGUGUUGCGGAGAAUGGCCAAAAGGAAAAUACAGAUGUUGGUCUAUGAAUAUCAAGACAAAGACCAGCUUGAGAGAGGGAAACCGUGAACAGGACAGUUAGCUUUUUUUUUUUUACUUUAACAACAUUGUGUAGCAUAAUGUUUACCUUUUGUUGUACUAUUCAGUUGUGUCUAACACCUUGGGUGUGUCAUUGGUAGGUUUUAUUUCAGCUUUGUAAAGUUUAUAUUUAUUACUUAUAGUGCUGUAUAGCAUUGUAUAUAACUUUUUAUAAAUGUACAUGUAGGCAGGGCCGUCAUUAGGGUGGUGCAACCGGUGCAGGAAUCUCCCACAUUCGACCUGGCCAUGGGCCUGCCCGGUACGUAUAUUGCAAUUGUGUAGUUAUAUUAUGCAUUAUUAAUUUUCCAUAUAGAUUAAAUGCUUUACAAUUUUGUAAUUAUAUAUUUUUUACUUUAAUUUAUUUUUAUACUUUUAAACAGUGUUUACUUUCUACCAAGUAACAUUUCUGUUGGUCAGCUCUUUGCACAAUGUGACAAUAAAUGUGAAAGUUCUUAUGGA